ACGAAGAUAUUUGUCACUCCCACACACAGAGCCCCCCCCAUUGUCGCAAAAAUCUGCAAGCUGACCGAAAGCGAGGCGAACCGAUUCGUGUUCUGCUCCGAGCGAUUCUCUCGAGCUGAUCGCGUUGAUCAUCAGGUGCUGCUAUUGAUCAUGGACCCCAAAGCUCAGUCUUCGCCUCCAAAUAUUGCUGAUGUGAAGGCAGCAUUCCACAAGCCAUCGAAUGACGCGUCUAAUAGGAACUAUCGACGUCAUUCUCCAGCUAGCAACUCAUCUUCAUCCGAUGGGAGUCCCGAGCACGUCCGGGCAUAUAGCCCAAAGUAUGGAAGGGAUGAUGCUUCUAGGCCCCCUGAAUAUCGAGAAAGAAAGAAGGCUGAUGAGAAGGAUUUAUACAAAGAUUCUGGACGGAGCCACUACAUCAGGGGUGGUGAUUCAUAUACGUAUUCUGAUCGUCAUGCCUCCAGGGGUUCUCGUGGUUUCUCUAGAAUUGGCGAGCAGACCAGACAUCGCAUGGAUGAAGAAGAGAGGGAUCAUCACAAGUCCACUCAUGGGGUUCGAGAAUCAAAAAGGGGCUCUUAUUCUGAUCGUACAAGGCGAGACAGUGAUUAUAGCAGAUCGAAGGACUUUACACAGGAUGGGGACAGAUAUUCCCGAGAUAAGUAUGACGACUUAGGUCACAGAAGUAAAGAUAGGGAAAAAGAGUCUGGGAGGAGAAAUGAUAAUUUUGAAGAGUCAGAGAGGGAUCGUCGUAAGCGGGAUGUAGAUGAUCGAAGUGAGAGAAAGGAUUAUCACAGGAGUUCAGGAGAUCGCCGAAUUGAUAGGACUCUUUCUAGAGAAGAAUCCAAGGGGUACCAUAGUUCUUGUACAGCUAGAAGGGAUACUGAUGGACAUCAAUCUAAAGAAGGUAAUAGAAAUGAUGUGAGGGAUAGGGACAGUCAAAAGCUUGCCAAAGAAAAGAAGAGUUCUGAUGAUUGCAGCCUUAUGAAGAAGGACAAGGAUCAGCAGAAAAGAGGAGCAGAUAAGCAUUUAGACAAUUCAACUGUCUUUAAGAGUGACAAGAGUUCCCCAACCAAAAGACCGAGGCUUUUCAGCUCCGAAAGGGACCCUAUCUUCAACAAGGAUGAUAAUGCGAAGCACUCAUUGGGUCUGAAGGAAUCUCAGGAGACCAGUGUCAAAGCAAUUGAAUCACAGCCCCAUGCCUGUGGAACUGAGGCUGCUAAUGAUCUGAGUGCUGCAAAAUCUGCUGCUAUGAGGGCUGCUGAGAUGGUCAAUAAGAAUCUUGCUGGUGGGUUUGGACCAACUGGCUACUUAUCUACUGAACAAAAAAAGAAGCUACUUUGGGGGAACAAGAAAAAUACAGUUACUGAAGAGUCUUUGCAGCCUGCUCACCAUUGGGAUGUGUCUCUGAUUGCUGAUCGUGAACGGCAAGAAAAAUUUAGCAAGCUCAUGAGUCUGAGGUUGCCUUGGUACCUAUGGCCAAUUGUAGGGUGUGAAGGGCGAGCUCAAGGUGGAGCCGCAAGCAAACAGCGAAAAUGGGAACAGCCUUCUGCGAGCCGAAAAGCAGAAGGAGCUGCAAUUGGAUUUAGAGAAACAAUACACCGCUGGACUUCGAAGGAGGGAUGGCCGAACGGUUGGUCUGGGACUCUAAGCACACUCAGAUUUGCUAUGUAUGACUUCUUGCUGCGGUAUUUUGUAAAAGUUAUACUUCUGGUACCUUUAGCUUGUGGUGUGACUAAGAAAGAUGCCGACUUGCAUCCCGGAAUUUCAGAUUUUUGCUGGGAAGAUUUUAAGUGCAGCUUUGCCGCAAUAGCUUGGUAUGCCUUGCACACUUUCUUAGCACUUUAGUGAAUCGAGCAUAUGGUUGGCCAACUAAUCUUAUGCUUGGCUCACACUAACAGUACACUGACCAGAA